CUUCUCGGUCCUUGGCAGUAAUUUGGGACUGUGCCGGGAGGCAGGGAGGGGAGUGGUGAUGAUAGGCAUCUUUGAGCAGCCCUUCUGUGGUCCGCUGGGGAUUAACCCAAUUAAGUCCUCCUUGCUUCCAAUGCUCUGAUCCGCUUGAACGCAGCCCCCCAGACGCCACCCUGGCAGUCAUGUAUGGAUCUGUUUAUCUCCCCUUCCCGAAUUCCGUGAGCCUCAUUAGUCCGUUUGCAAACACGAUAAGGCUCUCUGUGUACCCAAGUCUCUCGCCUUCAUUCCAUCAGAUAGACACUUUCCAAUGGAUGACAUCCUCUUCUUCCAAAUAAAGCUGCUUUUUUGGUAUUUAUUUUAAACUGAAGGUAAGAUAAUGUGACUGGCACAAGGCGGUUUUUCUCAAUUUGUGCUGACUGCAAGAGUAGAAAAACAUUACUGCUCAAAGCCUUUUCCAAGAGUAAAGACAACUGAAAAGUACCAUAUCAGCUCCUCAUUUCGUUGAAGCGGCUGUAACGAUGCGGUCUCGUUCAGUGCUUUGUGAAGGCCCCGACAAAGCGAGCAGAGCACUAAUCCACUAAAGAAGCAGUGACUUGACUAUAGGGAGCCAUGAGAACACCACGGGAGGAGCUUGACCACAGAGUACCAUGAAGAGAAGCUUGCAGGUCCUGCGCUGCCAACUACUCAGUGUUGUGGCAGUGCUGGCAGGGCCGCCGGGGUCCACGGGACUGCGUCCCAGUUGGGGAUCUCGGGAAACUGGCUCCGUGGCUGUCGGAAACCUGUUGCCCGCCUUACUCGCCCACACUGCUCCCUGGAACGAGGCUUCCAGCAGUGAGGGCUGGAGCACCCCCGGCAAACCCUCAACCGCCCGCGGACUCCGGUCGACCGAGGCACUCGGCCCCGCAGCCGGACUCCGCGUAAGCAGUUUCGUGAGCCCCGGCUCUGUACCAGGCAGCGCCAGCGUGGCGGAUUGGGUCCGACCCAGGGCUCGUCUGAGCUCCAUCAGCCGGGACCUGCGAGAGACGGGGUCCACCACUGUAAGAGGGAGCACUGAAAACGCAAGGCUUUCCACGGGAUCCGCGCAAGCUGCGCCCGCUGAACGGCGGGCGGUGGAGGAGGCCACCGACAGCAGCUUGACCACCAAGAACCACCCCUCCUCCUUCUCUUCCUCCUCGUCUGCCGCGGUAAGCCGUCUGCCGAAAGAGUCGGAAGUGCCCCGCCCUCACGCCAUCGCCCUGAGGGAGGUGAACUUGGGUGACCCCGAGGCGUCCACCAGCGUGCAGCAGAACCAGAGCCCAAAGUCCGGAGUGCUGAUUGUCACAGACACACCUUCAUCUACCUUAGUGACCUCUUCCUUGUCCCCGGCCUCUUUUCCACCUUCUGCCCCACCGUCUCAUAGCGCUCGCACCGGUCUCCCGGAACCCAUAAACUUUUCGGGGUCCAGCAUCGCGGAGAGCAGCACACCCCUUACCGACACCUCAUACUCUGUUUGGUUCCUGGCCAAUGCCACAGACUCCCUCCUGCCGCGAGGCAGCAGCAGCUUCGGUCAGCAACAGACCUCGCGGUGGCCCGGGUCCCUCGCCACAGACGCCCCUUCCACCGCCACCAGCGACUUCUUUAACGGCACGGUCCCUCUUUCAGCACCCGCCCCUCGAGGGCCCGGCGACCGCCCGGACCCGUCACGCACCAGCAGUGCCGUCUGCCUGCGCAAGGUGGAUAUUGCGUGGAUCAUACUGGCCGUCAGCGUUCCCAUCUCCUCCUGCUCUGUGUUGCUCACCGUGUGCUGCAUGCGGAAGAAGAAGAAGGCCACCAGCCAGGAGAACAACAUGAGCUACUGGAACAACAGCAUCACCAUGGACUACUUCAACCGUCACGCUGUGGACCUGCCCAAGGAGAUCCGGUCCCUGGAUGCGGCCGAGGAGCAGGAGGCCUGUUUGCCCCCAAACGGAGACUUCGGCAACCCUGGAGCGGUGCUCGUGAACCCGUUUUGUCAGGAGACACUUUUCAUCAACAUGGAGAAGACCUGCGACUCGUAGAGAGACGUUCAUUGCCGAAAACACGUUCGGCAACCUCGCCGACCUGUUUUUAUACGUACUAUAAGUAUUACGGACUGGCCUUUAUAAAUAAAUAAAUAAAUGAAGUAUUACAGGUAUAUGAAAAUUGCAGAUGCUAUUUACAGUACUAUGAGGGUAUGGCAUAUUUUUGCGAUGUAAAUUUUCUACAAAUGUGUAAUUGUGAUAUGGUUUGUAUGUAUUUUUCCACAAGUACGCGUGCGUUUGUUACAGCUUUCGUCGACAGGCGAGCGAGCGCCCACCGGGAAGAGGUAGGGAAUACUGAGAAAAUUUUCUGGCAUUCAAAUGCAAAACGCAUCGAAAACGAGAAGCCCGCGUAAGGCGCCCCCUCCCCGGGGCGGGCUCGGCUCCUCUCGCACGCGUCGGCUCCGAAGACGGGCCUGACGACGGAGAAGAUUUUUGCAUCUACUCCAUAUUUACGACGCUCUAUGACGUUUGGCCCGGGAGGCUUCACUGAGCGGUUCCAGCAGCACUGUGUUUUACUUGACUGCGACAAGGAUGGCUUUUGCUCAGAGGACCGGAUACUGCAGCGCAGGCUGUAUUGCACUAUGGCUCACCUUGUUAGCGUAGCAGGAGAAUUUUGAUGGAAUAUUUUAAAAAGAAAAAAAAAAGUCAAUUUAAUGAAUAACAUCAUUUAAAAUCAUUAGGUUCGUAUCGAGGUCGCGUGAUAUUAAAAGCGUUUUUAUGUUGUAAUAAUUUUUUCCGUCGCCGUUUCCGCAUUCUUUGCUUCGCCCGACGCAACGGACCAGGUGGACCCACGCGCCUGCCCUGCGCGUAAGGGACGAUUUUGUAACGAUGGCAGCGGCGACAGGAAAAACGGGCGAUGACGCAGGAGCACCUAGAAAAGAAAUGGGUCUUUGACAAAGACGGAAUGCAGGGUACGGGAAAGUGUUGCUGUAUGCGAUGGCCUACCAUUUUUUUGUAACAUGUAUUUACUGUACUUUUUACUGCUAAGCAAUAAAGGAGAAAAGCCUCAAUGG